CUUCUGGCUCAGAGUGUUUUUCGGGCGAGCGGUUUCGUUUGUUACGAGCAGCGAGGCUUUGACGACUCGGCACGUUAUUUUACGUGAUUGUGGCUGUCCAAAUGGAAAGGAAGAGCUUUUGACGUGUCGACAUGACGAUUGCUUUGUGCUGAAGUCUGAAGCUGCUCACGCUUCGUGCAAAAAAAGAGGAAACGGAAGGUGUGUGCUUGGACUUACUGCAACGCUUAAAGGAGGAAAAACAUGCAUUCAUCUGCAUGGACGAAUGGGCAAUCCACCACAAUCCACCAUCUUGGACAACAGUCACAAUCCUCACAAAUGAGAAAUCAGGUCCUUGUUGACAACAUGAAGAAACAGAAUGCUGGGAGUGUACAUUACAUCUCUCAGUAUGGACGACGCAACACGCCACAAAGUUCCCACAAUAUUCAUCACAAUAGUGUUUCGUCAAACCGACAGCCAACAAAUUUGCAAAGUGCAAACACCUUUUAUUAUGGAACACCUCAGCAGCCAACCACUGCAGGGAAGCAGAACAAUUUUGUACUGGGGUUUGUUGUUGGUUAUCAGCAAAACCCAUUACCUUUAGCCCAAGUUGGAAAUCUUGCUGUACCGGUGCAGUUAAAUUAUGGAUCACAAGGCAGCAAUAAACAAAUUCAUCAUCAGACUGUUCCUCAGAAUACCUUAACCCAGAGUAAAUCCAACAUGAUAAACGUAAACUCUUCAAAUACAGUUCAACAGCAGAGAUUCUUCCCUCCUGUUGCCCUGCCUUCUUACAGUAUGGCGAUCUCUCAGCUGACCGGCAGCUGUAACAGCAGUGUUACAAGAAAUGUAUCAUCUGGACUUCUGUCUGCAUCCAGCAUGGGUCAUAGUAUUUCUGGCUAUAGAAAUGGCACCACCACAUCAAGUGCGAUAAUUUCACAUACUUCCUCUAGAGAUACUCAAAAAUUCUUGUCGAAAACAAAUCAGCCUUCUGUAUUUCCUGUUGCAAAUUCACAACAGCAGAUUACUACAUUUGCAAACAAUGCAUUUCAGUCAGUUGGUUGUCGAGCAGAAAGUCAACUUGGAGCCAACAGUCCAGGUAAUGGUGGGAACCAGCUGGUUAGCAUGGUCAGGAUGCAAUCGAAACAAGUUCUGCAGUCUGGGACACUAAAUGUCAUUGGAAAUUACAACUCCAGUGCUUCCCAAACUAUAUUACUCCAGCCUUUACAGUCGUUAGCUAAAACAACACAUGGUACUACCUCAGCAACUUGGCACAACAAAGAUGCCCAACCUUUACAGCCGCUGGCUAAUACAACACAUGGUCAUACCUCAGCAACUUGGCACAACAAAGAUGCCCAACCUUUACAGCCGCUGGCUAAUACAACACAUGGUAGUACCUCAGCAACUUGGCACAACAAAGAUGCCCAACCUUUACAGCUGCUGGCUAAUACAGCACGUGGUAGUACCUCAGAAACUUGGCACAACAAAGAUGCUCAGUCUCAACAGCCAUCCCCACUAGAGGACUUCCACUUCAAAGCAACUGGAGAUCAAAAUGGAAAUAAUUUCCCAGGUGGGAACACUGUUUCUGUUCCAAAUGGGAUUAUAAUUGCACCUGUGUUGAACAAAACUCAAAUGCAGCAACUUUCUCAGAACAUUCCAGUGCAGAUGAAUAAUACACCAUCAUCUGCAGAACAUGUCAAAGGCCAGAAAGCUGUUGCUGUGGUGCAACCAUUAUCAAAUGCCCAAGUUGCCAACAGUCUACAUUGUGAGCCCACUACACCAGAGAAAGCACUUACUUCACCAACUUUUGUCAAAACAUCUACAAAUUUGAUAGAUGACACAAAUCCUUUAAAAGGGGAUGAGAAGAUACAUGAGGAACUUUCAAAUGCCUCAAAAUCCAGUAACUCAUUUGAUAGCCAUUCAACACCAUCCAAUGAUGGAAGUGUUGUUGCUUCUUUGGGGUCAACUAAGCCUGAAGACUCACUCCAAAAACAGUUGUGUACAGCUGUUACAGAACCAGCAGUUGAAAAGUCACAAAGUGAUAAGAUGCCUCGAAGUCCAAAUGGAGUAAUGGAUAGAAGAAGUACCCCAACAGACCCUAACACUUGCCUUCAAGAGGAUACCCCAGUUCAGACUGUGCUGUGGACAUUGGCCAAGUUAGGUCAAUUGAUAGAGGGGACCACGACAGCCAAGACAAAAUCAGAAAAUGUUGCAAAUGUUAGUGGCAUAAGCAAACUAUUAAGCAUGUUUUGGGAUGGCAAAUUGAACAAUUUAAUAUGUGAACUCAGGAGUGGUUUGUUCAAGGAUGUAAUGAAGGAGGUUAAAGAAUUCAAUAGUAAAUACUUGAUGAGUGACACUGUCAUAUUGUCACAGAUUAAGCGUGAAUCUUGGGAUAAAUUGCAACAAAGUUGCCUUGUUCUGAAGCCUAAUGAUGUUUAUAGAGAAGAGCCAUACAAGUCAUCAUGGUUAAAUGUCAAUGAGCAGCUCAAUGAUAUUGAUGAUGAGUUUGGUCUGCCGUUCUGUUUGAGGUAUUAUCACAUGCAGCCAUUUGAGAAUCACAGAGAGACAGAUCCUGUAGAAAUCAUAACCAGAAAUCCUGCAGAAACUAUGAGUAAGGUGACUAGUACACAAACAAAGGUUGAAAAGGGCAAUUGUGCAACAGAAGAUGCCAACGUUGCCGAAACCUCAACAGAACAUCCCCUUGAAGCAGAAAGUCCCGAUUCAGUUGACAUGUGUUAUUCAUUCAAGAUCCAGGUUUUGCCUCCGGAAGAGGCCAAAGUUCUCUUUCAGCAAGGGCCUCAGAAAAAAGCAACUGAAGAUCAGCCAGCCACACUUUUGAACGCUACAGAGGACAAGCCACCGGAGAUCGCUGAGGAGAAUGGAUCAAAGCCUGCCAUAGAAGAAUUUUGCUGUAUUGCUAAAUUCAUGGAAAUUUUGGAACAUGGUUCGAGUUUACGCUGCAGUUGUCAGUGUAAGGCAGGCCCGAGUCAAGAAGAUGUUGAGAUGGUGCUUCAUAAGGACAAAAAGGAAGUACAAAAUGAGGAAAACCCACGUCAAGUCAAGUCAGAUGAUAAAAUCUAUCAUGUUGUGGAGGAUGACGGGGCUGCUGACAAGCGACCUAAAAUAUUCAACUGGCCUGAAGUUUGUUCUGAAUUUGGUGACAUAGUUGAAUUAACUGGGGAUGAUGCCAUUUUCACCUCAUGUCCCGACAGAGAACCUGAGAGCAUUACUGUACUAAGCGAAGGGGAUAGUUCGAGCAUCAUACUCAUUAGUGAAAGUGAGGAUGAGAAUCUCUUCAGCAGUGAAACUGACAUGCCAAACAAAGGAGAAAACCCUGAAGAAGCUUUGGCACAUGAGCUGGAACCAGUACAGACAAACGAGCAGAGGAGUUCAGAUGUCGAGACAGAAACUGAAAAUAGCAGCAGUGAGGAUGAAAUAAGCACAAGAUCAUCAGAUGUGAAAGAGGUGGAGCUGAAGUCUCCAGCUGUUCCUCAGAAACUAUUGGAAUCUCAAGCGCAGACUCAAAGCCAUGUGACAAUGAAGGUUAACUUACAGCAACCUUUGAGCCUCGCCGGUACUCAUGGAACAUCUGGAAUAAAGCGUCGGGGACUACGCAGUCCUGAAAGGUUUUUUUCUUUCCUUAAGAGUCGAAAGAAAACCAAACCCUCAGUUAAGGAUGUUGCAGAGGACGUUAGUGUCAGUGCUGUUGAUGGUCCAAAAGGCAGGACUGUGGAACUGGCCCUGUUUGGCUCAGCGCCACAGGAGGAUGAUGUGUUAAAAGUUGGCAGCAGGAGUCACAUUGCAUCAACAGACCUUUUUCCUGAGCAUGGGCCAAAGCCUCCAGAAGUCAUCUCUGUAAACUUGAAUCCUCUACCCAAAAUGUGCAGAGAAACUGCCCAGACAACAUCGCCGUACUCUGUAAAACAAAGGAUUUAUGAAAAAUGGAAAGCUUUGUCGCCAGUGAAACUCAAAUACAGACAAAAAUUCCAAACACAGAACUGUGCUGCUUUGUCAGAAGUUAGACAUGAAACAGAUGGACCCUCCUGUAAAAAGGAAUUAUCUGACAGAAGAUUCUGCUCAGGAAAAAGAAAGCACCAUCUGAGUCUUGCAAGGAGUUCUUCGUACAAGGGCCUCGGGCCUGGACCAAAGAGGCGCAAAAAGGAAGCGUUUGCAUUGAAGCAGUCUGCUGAGGAGCAUGUGGGAUGUGACCCUGGAAAUGGGAGCCGCUCUGUGCUGCCCCUUCAGGAGAAAAAUGUCUUGGCUUUCAGUGUGUUGCCAAAUACCUUCAACUUCAAGGACAUGCCCAACGAGAGAAAUGACACAGCUGUUCCAAAAACCUCCAGUUCUGCAUUAGACAAGCCUGAUCUCAACAUCAAGAACAAGGACUCCAACUUGCCAGACAAGAUGUCAAGAGGUAAAUGGGCUCCAAACCCAGAGAAGAAAUGGACCCCUCAACCUCAGGCGAUGGACCCAAACAUUUCCAGUGUUUUCCAUGAAUUUCAGAAGAAAUACAUGAAGAAACAGCCGCCUAUGGAAUAGAAGGAGAAGCAAGUUGCAGUUGGCAACAGUUUUUAGACAUACUGUCUUUUUUCCUUUUGGAAGUUAUAUAUCACUAAACCAUUUUAGUUUACUUAAAAUAUGAAUUUCCAUAAUAGCUGCUGACAAAUGUUACAAAUGUACAUUUUUGUUUUCUUUCUGCUACAAAUGCCAAGAAAAACUGUAUGUGUUUUACAGAUAUUUGCUAUAUUGGGGGUGG